AUGCGGCGCACGGAGCUCUGCCUCGGUGGCUUCACCAUGAAGUACAAGAGAGGCACAGGUCUCUGGGACGAGGACCAUGUGAACGACUUUAACGCCAACAAGUACUUGUCGGCGCGGUCGACGAUGCGGUGGUACUAUGGGAUGGAGCGGCUACAGACGCGCAACACCAUCAAUUCUCGCCGCGCCACACAGAGCUAUAACAACAACAUGGGUCUUCAUCAUAGCGGCCGCGGUGCUUUUGAGCGCGAGCUCGAGCGCCGCGGCAUUCAAGUAGAUAAGUAUCCGCUGACGACAACCACCGGCGCAGCGCGGGUGGCGGAGAUGGUGUUGUUGCGUCGCCAAGAGCUCGAGGCGCAAGGCAAGGCGGCAAUGGAGUCUCAGCGCCAGGCGCGGCGCCGCGACGCCCCGUCUGAGUGGUACGACGAAACUGACGGGCCACUGAAUCCACGGUUCCUUGCCAGCAUGCAGAGCAACUACACUCAGGUUAUCACGGAGCUACCGAGUUCUCCGGUCACGAGGGCGUAA